CGCCUUCGCCUCCGCCGCCUCCGCCGCCCUCCUUCUCCUCGCCGCACAUUCCUGCUAUGCAGUAGAGAACCCUUCGCAUCCUCACCACAGUAUGAGCAAUCUCACCUACUGUUCGGACGACGACUCCCGGUUGUUCUUCGUCCGAUUAUGAGCAAUCAGCUAGAGUCACGCUCGGAUCUAUGUCUAUCGAGUCAGCAUGACCAGCAGGCAACGGUCUUGGUCUGCCCACCAUGCUCUCGAACCUCGAUGUAUCUGCAAUCUGCGACUAUAUAAACCCAUCCAUCUACAGGCAGCCAAACGGCCAGACUCAUCAUGUCAGCGAACUCCUAUGAUUGCAUCGUCGUCGGCUCUGGAAACGCUGGCAGCAGCGCCGCCCUCUCCGCUAUCGAGGCUGGAUGCAAACGCGUCCUCAUUGUCGAGAAGGGCCCCGAGGAAUGGGUGGGCGGAAACGGCUACUUCACCGCAGGUGCGCACCGCACUGUCCACGGCGGCCUGCAGGACCUCUCUCCGAUUGUCACGGACGUUACGCCGGAGGUUGCAGCGACCAUCGACAUGGACCCAUACACGGCCGAACAGUUCACGGACGACAUCGUGCGCCUUUCGGAUGGACGGAGCAAUCCUGCGAUGGUGAAGGCGGUCGUGGACGGGUCCCGUAACGCGAUUGGGUGGUUGGCGCAGAAGGUCGGCAUGCCGUUCACUUUCUCCUUCAAUCGCCAGGCGUACCUGGUGAACGGCCGUCAGAAGUUCUGGGGCGGUAUGGUGCUCAGUGUUGUGGACGGGGGUAAGGGCGUCAUAGCGGCCCAUCGACGCGCACUAGAGAAGGCUGGUGUCGAGACGUGGUUCGAAGCCCCCGCUGUCGAACUCGUUGCACACGACGGGACCGUGGUCGGCUUAGUUGUCGAACGCGACGGCCAGAGGGUCACCCUCCACGCGCCUGCAGUCGUUCUUGCCUGCGGCGGCUUCGAGUCAAGCGCCGAACUUCGCGGGAAGUACAUGAGCCAAGAUUGGACUCGAGCCAAGGUCCGAGGCACACCUUAUAACACUGGCGACGGGUUUGCCCUCACACGCCCUGUGAACGCCUCGCUCACCGGGGACUUCUCCGCGUCUGGCUGCCACUCUACGUGCUGGGACGCCAACGCACAGCCCGACUGCGGCGACCGCGUGCUCAGCAACCAGUUCACCAAGUCUGGCUACCCGCUUGGCAUCAUGAUCAAUGCGCGCGGGCAGCGCUUCGUCGACGAGGGCGAGGACUUCCGCAACUACACCUACGCGAAGUUCGGGCGCGCAAUCUUGCACCAGCCGGGCGGGUACGCGUUUCAGGUGUGGGACAGCGAGGCCGUGGAGUGGCUCCGGGAGGAGGAGUACGGCGACGGUAUCGUCGAGAAGAUUUGGGCGCAGAGCAUGGAGGAGCUCGCGGAGGUCCUCUUGCAGAAGGGCUUGGAGGACAAGGCUACGUUCGUGCGCACCGUCGAGGCGUACAAUGCCGCCGUUCGCGUGUCCAAAGCCGAGAACCCCUCCAAGACCUGGGACCCCGCCGUCAAGGACGGACUGUCGACUGUCUCUUCCCAGCCCCAACCCAGCGUCGACCCGCCCAAGUCGAACUGGGCGCUUCCCCUCGAGCAGCCGCCGUUCCUCGCAGUCAAGGUCGCAUGUGGAAUCACGUUCACCUUCGGUGGUCUCGCGAUCGAUCCGGACACGGCGGGUGUCUUGGACGAGAAGGGCGAGCGGAUUCGCGGCCUGUUCGCCACAGGAGAGGUCGUGGGUGGACUGUUCUAUGGCAACUACCCAGGCGGGAGUGGCUUGACGGCCGGGGCGGUGUUUGGGAGGAAGGCUGGUGCGGAAGCUGCGAAGUUGGCCGCGCUACGCACCCAAAGGGCCUGACUGCACGUUCGAUGUGGGUUCGUAUGUCAUUUGGUUCGUUACACUUCUGACACCUUGUCGCCAUUAGUCUGCCAGGUAGAUACUAUAUGCCUCAGGGACUGCUGACGCAUGCGAUAUCAACGAUUCUAUGUCAACGUAGCAUCAUUUGCAAGGUUCAUCAGUUGCGCCACGAUAAUGGUCAACAAUCGUGCGCAUCUUCGGCGUGCUGCCAGGUGAGUUGCGUGUCAUAGAACCCCGUUGCCCCUUGAGGCU